AUGAAAGGGGGAAUUCUUGAAGUACUUCUUGUCAAUGCUGAAGGCAUUAGACACAAACAUCUUGUUGGGAGAUCAGACUAUUAUGUCUUUAUAGAGUGUGGAGAGCACUUGUAUAGAAGCAAAAUAUCAUCAGGUGAAGAUGAAAAGGCUUGGUGGAAUGAAAAGUUCACUUUUGAAUUUCCAAUGUCUGAUUGGAAAAAAUUAACCCAUCUCAAGUUUAGAAUUAUGAACAGACAACUCUUCUCUGAUGGUGAAUUUGUGGGUGAAACUAUAAUUUACUUAGGUGGAAUAAUCACAGAGGGGUGUGACAGAGGGUUUUUAGAAGUGAAACCAGGCCCAUAUAAUGUAGUACUUGAAGAUGACACUUACAGAGGACAGCUAAAGAUUGGACUCAAAUUUAUUUCAAAAAAAAAUGUGAUAGAGAAAACACAAGAGCACAUUACAGAGGAACAUAAUAGGUCUACCGAGUGUGGUAGAAUUGUUCAUUUAUGGAGAACUUUAUGGUGGUGGUCUUCCUUUUUCUAUUCAAGGGAUUCAAAUAAAACACAGCCGUAA